AAGAUGGAGAAUUGGAUGGGUCUACUUAGAAUUCAUGUGUGUAGAGGAAUCAAUCUUGCUAUAAGAGAUGUUCGUGGGAGUGAUCCUUAUGUUAUUUUGAAGAUGGGUAAAAAGACGUUGAAGACUCGAGUUGUGAAACAAAAUACUAACCCGCAGUGGAACGAAGAUCUAACUCUAUCAAUCGAAGAUCCAAAUCUCCCAAUCACCAUGUUUGUAUAUGAUAAGGACUGGUUUUCACUAGAUGACAAGAUGGGUGAUGUGGAGAUCGACGCUCGUCCGUUCAUGGAAGUUGCUAAGAUGAAACUAAACAACCUUUCGAAUGGAACCAUCAUAAGAACGAUUGAACCAAGUAAGAGCAAUUGUUUGUCGGAAGAAAGUUACAUCGUUUGGGAAAAUGGAGAAGUUACUCAAAAAAUGUUUGUAAGGCUAAGAAAUGUGGAGUGUGGGGAAGUUGAGUUGCAAUUGAAAUGGAUUGAUAUUCCUCGUUCUACACAAUUAUAG